UUGCCUGCCUUUUGCUCCGCUUAUGACAAAUACAGAAAUGUAUAUUUUUACACAUUAUGAGCAGAAGAUAUAGCCUAUAGUUUUAUAACAGUAAAAAAUCUCUGUUUUUAUCUGUUAGCCACACCUUCAGUUGAAUUGAAACUCAUUCAUAUUUCCUGUACAGUCCGGUUGUGGGAUUUAGCCGCAUCACAUCUUUCUAUUUACUUUGUGCUUUAUUCUUUCUGAUUUUAGCUUUUGCCGGGUUCCUGUUUGUGUCUGUGUUCUGUAAAAUGGAAGAAGCGAGUGUUUCUUUGGCUCAGGAUCAGUUCACCUGUUUAAUUUGUCUGGAUCUACUGAAGAAUCCUGUGACCAUUAACUGUGGACACAGUUACUGUAUGAGAUGCAUCAAACACUACUGGAAUAACCAGAAAAAAGUCUACAACUGCCCUCACUGCAGAAAGACCUUCACUAAAAGACCUGUUUUAGGUAAAAACAUCAUGCUGGCUGAAGUGGUGGAGAAAUUGAAGAAGACUAAACGAAAAGCUGCUUGUCCUGAUCACUGUUAUGCUGAAGCUGGAGAUGUGGAGUGUGACGUCUGUACUGAGAGAAAACACAAAGCUGUCAAGUCCUGUCUGGUGUGUCUGAACUCUUACUGUCAAAAUCAUCUUGAACAACAUGAAGAACUUCACUCUGGAAAGCGACACAAAAUGACAGACGCCACUGGACGACUUCAGGAGAUGAUCUGCCCUCAACAUGAUAAACUGCUUGAUGUUUACUGUCAUACUGAUCAGCUCUGUAUAUGUUAUCUGUGUAUGAUGGACAAGCACAAAAAUCAUAAUACUAUAUCAGCUGAAGAAGAGAGAACAGAGAAACGGAAACAACUGAUAGAGACACAGAGAAAAUACAAACAGGGAAUCCAGGAGAGCCAGAAGAAGCUUCAGGGGCUGAGAGAUGUUGUGCGCUCUGCACAGACAGCAGUGGACGACACUGAGAGGAUCUUUACUCAACUGAUCCGAUCCAUUGAGAGAAGACUCUCUGAGGUGACACAGCUGAUCAGAGAUCAGGAAAAGACUGCAGUGAGUGAAGCUGAAGGACUCAUGAAGCGACUGGAGCAGGAGAUUGAUGAUCUGAGGAGGAGAGACGCUGAGCUGGAGCAGCUUUCACACACAGAUGAUCACAUCCAUUUCCUCCAGAGUUUCCAGUCUCUCUCUGUUCCUCCUGGAUCUACAGACUCACUCAACAGUUCUCUUGACUCUUAUGAUGAUGUAAGAAAAUCUGUGUCCAAUCUGAGCGAGAAAAUUGAGAAUUUCUGCAGAGAAGAGAUAGAAAAUCUAUCUGAUAGAGCUGGAGAAGAGUGGACAGAGAAACAGAAACAACUGAAAGAGACACAGCAGGCAUUCCAGGAAACACAGAUGAGUCUUCAACGGCAGAAAUUGUUUGAGAAGGUUGAGGCAAUUUUGCUUAAAAUCGAAAGAAGACAUACACCAAGCCACAAUUAAAGAAGUAAUGAAAAAGAAACAAAAAAGAUACAAUGUUUAAUAUUUAGCCUCUCACAAACAUGUUUUAGUGUUGGCAGCUUUUGGAUGCAAGAUUUCCACAUCACAAAAACAGGGUUUCCACGGGGUCUUAAAAAGUCUCAAAUUUAGAAAGUUAAAUGCCCAGAUAUUUAUCCUAGAUCUUAAAUUUAUUUUACACAAGUCUUAAAUUUCUUACCUCCGUUCGUUUCCGAAAAGCAAUGUCCGCAAAAAAUAAAAUGGUAAUUUAAAAUAAUAAAAUAAUUUGUGGGUUUGGCGAGAAACAAACGUUAAGUUUAGUUUUGUAUAAACAAAAAUCUUUUCUGGGUUAAUUUAACCAACUAAGUUAGCCCGUGGCUUACCUGAGCAUUUGCCAGGUUCUGAAACAUAGAGGACCCAGAAGCGAAAAAAGCAAACGGAAAGCAAAGAAAGUACCGUAAUAAACCAUAUUGCCAAAAAGCACAACUGUCUUCUUUCAGUAACAAUUCAAAAUUUUUUUGAUAGCGCAAAUGGUUGAGGAGUUACGGUUAAAUGAAUAGUGGUAGAAUCGGAGCCCUUUAGGCCAUUUCUCAAUCAAUAGCUGUUUCUCAAUAUGCGUUCUUCAGUGUGAUAUUGUGUCCUUGUGUCCUCGCUCUUCAUCAUUAUUAACCGUCGAAGUUCAACUUCCAAUUCUCAAGAGCGCAAGUACAGACUAGAGGACAAAUGAAAAUACCCAGAUGUAAUCGAGGAUGCAUCAAGUGCAGACAUGCGCGUUGAAGUCGCUUUACGCCCCAGAAGUCAUUGCGACAAAACAAUGGCGGAGGUCAGGUGACCAAUAGGAAGAUCGCACACAUUUCAAUUCUCACAGGUGCGUUCUGUGUUCUCACAACUUUCUGAGUUCAUUCUUUCAAGGUCGCCUGGCAAAACCGAUCUCCAUGAGAACGCAAGUCCGUUCUUUGCGUUCUUGGAUUUGAGAAACAGCCAACGUUUGCCUCCGGAGGUCGCAUAUGCAGGCUGCUGCAUACGUCAUCAAGGUUUAUUUAAGUUAACUGAGCAUUACAUUCGCAAGUCAUAAGCAUAUUAAAACGAUUCCGUCCUCAAAAAGUAUGGGUGGAGUGUUUUGGGCUCUGUGAUUCUGGUUUAUUAAAUUAAAAAUAAUCAAUGAAUUAUUAAUAACUUGCAUAUGAAGAAAAUGCACAUGUUAAAGCUUUUAUGGAUUCAUAAUAAUUGAUAUUUUGUUCUUUUGUAUAUCUAUAUACACAGCACACAGUCAGUUGUACAUUAUAAACAUGCAUAAACAUUAUGGGGCAGUUUCCCGGACAGAGAUUAGACUAGUCCUAGACUAAAAUAAAUGAAAGAGCUGCCCAAACUGAAAACAGCUUGCACUUACAUAUCUUAAAAUACAUCAGUGCCCUUUGUUUUACUUCAAAAUGCACACAGGUAAGGUUUUUAGUAAGGCAUGUUUGUUAAAACUAGUUAUAUUUCCUAAUUAAACUAAGGCCUAGUCCUGGCUUAAGCUAAUCCCUG